AUGAUUUUAUUUAUUUUAGGCUUUGCAAUUAUAGGGUCAUUAAUAAAAGGUGGAAGAGAUUCAGAGUCAAUACUCGGCUUUUCGCAGUGCAGUUCUUGAUAUUGGGCUUUUGUCGCAAUUUUUUUUAUUUCUCUUCUAAUUUUAUUCAGCUUUCCUAAUAUAUGCAAAAACUUUCAGUCAUACAAAUUUUUUAUCUUAUAAGAAAUAGGAAGAAACCAUGAUAUGAUAGCUCACACUCUUUUUAAUAAAUUAUAUGCUUCGUAGCUGAGCUAUUGGCUAUUCAUAAAGUCAAUAGAAAAAUUGAGCAAGGCUAUAAUUUUGAUGAUCAUGACAUAAAAUGGAACAUCAAAAAUACCAGCUUAUUAUCUGCCUUUACAAUAAUAGCUGGGAUCACAGCUAGUUUAUUAGGGUUAGGUGGAGGAUUAGUUAUGAAUCCUAUCAUGCUAAAUAUCGGCUACAGGCCAGAAGUAUCGACCGCAUCCUCUUCAUUUUUAGUCCUUAUGGCUUCUAUUAUAGCAGUUCUUCAAUUUUCCCUUGCUGGAGAAGUAAUUUUAGCUUAUGGGCUAUGACUAUUUUUUACCUCAGUACUAGGAUCAAUGCUUGGAACAUUUUUUAUAUUGAAAACAGCAAAAAGGUAUAAAAGAGUGUCAAUUGUGGUACUAAUUUUAUCGGUUAUUCUUUUUAUGUGCAUAAUAGCGAUUCCUACAUAUGGAAUUAUUGAUAUGGCGACUGGCGGGGAUACACAAUAUGGAUUUUCAGGGUUUUGCUAA